GCGCGCCCUGGCAGCGCGAGGCCCUAGGAGGACGCAUCGGUUGGGGUCCUGCUUUUACAGAACGCCCCACAAUGCCCUUCGCUGCCCUCGACUUGGCGCCCCAGCUUCACACUCGCUUUCUGAGGCUGGGAAACCAUUCUCGGGGCUAAGAAAAGGCCUGAGGAAGGCACAGAGAAAGCUGGGCAACGCCGAGAAGCUGUGGAAUGAAAUAACAUCCAGGUGCCCCUCACCAUUACGACCAGGAUUGGAGGGACACACUUAGAGCCCGCAGCAAAACACUCCAAGCCCUAUGAGGAAAUGGAGAAGUGCAAAGGGACGUUGAACAGCAGAACGGCUGGAGCCACCUCAGCCGACGGGAAGAUGAGUAGCUCCGAAGAGGUGUCCUGGAUUUCCUGGUUCUGUGGGCUCCGUGGCAAUGAAUUCUUCUGUGAAGUGGAUGAAGACUACAUCCAAGACAAAUUCAAUCUUACUGGGCUCAAUGAGCAGGUGCCUCACUAUCGACAAGCUCUAGACAUGAUCUUGGACCUGGAGCCUGAUGAAGAGCUGGAAGACAACCCCAACCAGAGCGACCUGAUUGAGCAGGCGGCUGAAAUGCUGUAUGGAUUGAUCCACGCCCGCUACAUCCUCACUAACCGCGGCAUCGCCCAGAUGUUGGAAAAGUACCAGCAGGGAGACUUUGGCUACUGCCCCCGUGUGUACUGUGAGAACCAGCCAAUGCUUCCCAUCGGCCUUUCGGACAUCCCAGGCGAGGCCAUGGUGAAGCUCUACUGCCCCAAGUGCAUGGAUGUGUACACACCCAAGUCAUCAAGGCACCAUCACACGGACGGCGCCUACUUCGGCACCGGUUUCCCUCACAUGCUCUUCAUGGUGCAUCCCGAGUACCGGCCCAAGCGACCUGCCAACCAGUUUGUGCCCAGGCUCUAUGGCUUCAAGAUCCAUCCGAUGGCUUACCAGCUGCAGCUCCAAGCCGCCAGCAACUUCAAGAGCCCAGUCAAGACGAUUCGCUGAUUCCCUGCCCCACCUGCUCUCACUCCGACACCGCCUUUCCUUUUCUGCCACCCUUUCAGGAGCCCUCUCUGGUUUUUAGUUUAAAUUAAAGGAGUCAUUAUUGUGGUGGGGAUAUGAAAUAAAGUGGAAGAAAAGGC